ACUCUCACUUCUAACCCUAGAACCAACUAUAUAUUCUUUUUUUACAACAAACAGUUAAGUAUCACCAAGUCGAUACAGAAAGUACUUACUAGAUAAGUGAAAUAACCUCUUACACUUUUCCAUUUUUUGUUCAAUUUUCGCUUAGUUUCUUUUCUCUUCUGAAAUAGUGAAAACGCGUAAAUAUUGACAAAUACUAGAAACCGAUUCAGAAAACAAUUAACAGAAUAUCAUCGAUGAUAUCGUAUAGAUAUAUAACAAGUGGAUCUGUUCCAAAAUUUCCACGUCGGCAUUUUAGCGGUUAACUGAAAAAAAUUACAUAAGCAUUUUCAGAUACUAUUGGUAUCUUAUGUAGUUCAUACAUUUUUGUUACAGAUUGUGUAGCUAUAAGCAAAAAUACAAAGUUUGGAACGAAAAUUAAAAACUGUGGAAACCUAAUAGUGUUGAAUCCCAGGCCAAACUAUCCAUUGGGUAAAGUGGCCGGACAAAACUUUGCAACAGGCCGUGACAACAGAAUAUGUCACGAAGAUGGCGCCAGAGUGCUAUAUCGUGGCCAGUAAGCAUCUUAUAAUCAAUGGCUUACUAUUAGUGGGCGUCAUUAGAUCAUCUUCUUCUAUAUAAUGUACAACUUACGAAGUCUUCUUACUUAAGGCAAAGAUAGAUAACAAACGUGGCUUGGAGACUAAUAAUUAAAAAGAAAACGCGAGAGUCAGAACAAGUAUGGAGGCAUUUCAAUACGAAAACGUCAGCAAACCCAAUUGGGUCGUGGCACAUAGAUAUGAAUAAUAGUUUUCCCUCAAAAUGAAACCAUAUUUGUAAAGUUGCAAUGUAUUCUACAACUUUUUUACUACAAUGUAUAAUAUGUAUUGUACUAUACUACUAUUUGUCUUCUUUUAUUUAUUUAUUUUAAUUUUUUUGUAAUGUAUUGUAAACUUGUAUACUUCUAUUACAAGUUUUGAUGCAGCAAAUAGGAGGAAAGUGUUGACUCACCUACCAAGACAAAAUACAUAAAUAUCCUAACAAAUAAUAUUUUAUUUUUAUUAUUUUUUUAAAAAAUUACUAGGCAUUUUCAAAUAUACAUGGCCAAGUUUCUUGGCAUCGCAAACGGCAAGUCCAAACUGUCUGCUCGCAUUUGAUAAGCUUAGCGAAGGUACGCCUUUUAACAUAUUGAUUCUUUACAUUCUUUAAUCAGUUAUUUCGUUUCCUUUCGUAAUCAUUGAUUCGAAGCAGACAAAGUGUGUUUUGUCAGCGUUAAGUUUCCCCCUCUGGACCACUUUACACAUUUAUAUAAUUGAUCAAUUUACAACUAUUUUCACUUUUGCACAACAAAAGUAUUGAUCACUUUUACUUAUUGUCAAUUUUGGAUCCAUUUGGCAUUGAUAGAUGUUUUUUAGUUUGCUUUUGUAUAAAGAGACCAUGACAAGUGAAAUCAUCGUACUCUUUUUGUUUUCACUAUUCACUAUAGGUGCUUUAGUUUUAAGUAGUUCAGAUUAACUAAUAAGGUCCUAAAGAUGGCAUUAGUCUCUUUUUGUCAAAAACUGUGAUAGCUACGUUACUAAACUUCAAUGAAAACGUUAGGUGAAAACAUACUGAGAAAUGAUUGGUUACAAAAUGGUCAAACUAUUAGCAGACAAUAACCAACUUGGUUAAACAAUACUUAACAUAUUAUCACCGUAACAUAAAUUUUCCUUGUGAAUGCAAUUUUGUCAAUAACUAUAUUUUAUCAGGCAUUAUAGAAUUUGUUAGAGGAAACAAGAAGAAGAUAACAAAAGACAUUUGAAAACAAAAACAAGCAAAGAUUCCUUAUUCUCUCUUUGUCCAAAAUCUUAAUUAAAUACUUUAGUUUAAACCAAGUGACUUGGGUUUACAACUAAUUCUUGCUUACAUAUUCCUCCAGACUUUUAUCAUGGCAGCUUCCUAGCUAACAACCUUCUAUACUUACACAUAACGUACAUAUAUAUACACGUGUGUACACUUUAGUUCAUUUGAUUCUGCAUGGCAUAGAUAUAUGAAUGUCAUGUGUCUUUAUUAUACGACGCAGCCCCAAUUAAACCAUAUCCUAAAAGUCUCUAGACUAUGGUUUUCUGGUUUAAUUAAAACGUUAUUUGUGCGUUGGCGUUUACAUCAGAAUGGUCUCUCUAUAAAUGCUUAUAAAAUAAUUGUUUCUAUAAUAAAAAUAAUAUAAUGCUUAACUAUGCUAAUAUAUACUCGCUCUGUAUGUCUCUGUCUUUCUCUCUCAUUCAUCAUAUUUACACAAGUUUUCUCUUAAUUAGGACAGCUUGAGAGAGAAAUCAAGAUAUGGGGAAGAUGACCAAAUCCGGAGAGAGACCAAAACAGAGACAGAGGAAAGGGUUAUGGUCACCUGAAGAAGACCAGAAGCUCAAGAGUUUCAUCCUCUCUCAAGGCCAUGCUUGCUGGACCACUGUUCCUAUAUUAGCUGGAUUGCAAAGAAAUGGAAAAAGCUGCAGAUUAAGGUGGAUUAACUACUUAAGGCCAGGAUUAAAGAGAGGGACGUUUAGUGCAGAAGAAGAAGAGACCAUCUUGACCUUACAUUCUUCCUUGGGAAACAAAUGGUCACGAAUUGCAAAGUAUUUACCGGGAAGAACAGACAACGAGAUUAAAAACUAUUGGCACUCAUAUCUGAAGAAGGGAUGUCUCAAAUCUCAACCACAACUCAAAACUCAAAGGUCAAACCUAACAGAAUCAUCUUCUUCACCAGUUUCUUGCGGAAAAAGAAAUCCAGAAACCCUAGACCACGUGAUCUCCUUCCAGACACUUCCAGAGAAACCUUAUUCACCACAAUCACAAGGAAGCAACAAAAACAUGAUGAAAAGCAACAACAUGCCUAAGCUCUUCUUCUCCGAGUGGAUCACUUCUUCAGAUCCUCACGUCAACUACUCCUCCGAAUUUACAGAUUCAUUGCAUAUUAAUCAAACUCAAAAUAGAAGUGAAGACGAAGAACUGGUGAUGAUCAAGAACAGCUACUCUUCACUUGAGGAUGAUGUCAUGUUCCGUACAGAGUUUCAACAACCUCAUCAUGAGUAUGCUAAUUAUUAUACUUCUGAGGAUUUCUUCAUCAACAGCGACGUAACUUACAUGUAAAGGUAACGUAAAUCAAGAUCAUAUGAUUGUUAGAAGAAGACAAUCAAGUUACUUGCGUUACAA